AGGCGGUUGAUCAUAGCAUUCAAGCGGACGCCAAGGCUCUUUCCAAAUCCGCUUAUGAAACAUUUUGGGUCCAGUUAUUGCUAGAAACUAUAUAUACACACAUGUACGUAUAACGCCAUAAAUCUCCUAAUUCUCCCUCAGCUCACUAAGCAUUACCGCACACACACUAACCAAUGGCGCCGAUCGCAGUAGGUGACGCCAUACCCGAUGGUACCCUUGCAUACUUCGACGAUCAGGAUCAACUCCAGAGCGUCUCCAUCCACUCCCUCGCCGCCGGCAAGAAGGUCGUCCUUUUCGCCGUUCCCGGCGCCUUCACUCCCACCUGCAGCAUGAAGCACGUGCCAGGGUUUAUUGAGAAGGCGGAUGAAUUGAAGUCGAAGGGCGUCGAAGAAAUCCUGUGCAUUAGUGUGAAUGAUCCAUUUGUGAUGAAGGCGUGGGCGAAGACUUACCCUGACAACAAGCAUGUCAAGUUCUUGGCCGAUGGCUCGGGAACUUACACUAAGGCCCUUGGCGUCGAACUUGACCUCACUGAGAAGGGGCUUGGCAUUCGGUCCAGAAGGUUCGCUCUUUUGGUUGAGGAUCUUAAGGUUAAGGCUGCGAAUAUUGAGUCGGGCGGCGAAUUCACUGUCUCCAGCGCAGAUGAUAUCCUCAAGGCUCUCUAAUUGCUCUCACUCUAAACCUUAAAGUGUAGUGCUUUCAAACUCUCUCUUGGUAUGAAAUAAGGUUAUGUUGCAUUACAGUUGUUUAGAUUACUAUGCUGCUUAUUGGAGUUAUUACAGUGUGAUCUGAUUAGCUUAAUUCAAACUGUAAGAUUACUUUGCGGUUUGUUCGAGUUAUUACAAUGUAUUUGAUCAGCUUGAUUCAAACAUUAGAUUCUAUAUAAGCCUUUCUGUCAAA